AUGGUAUAUGCGGGAAUGCAAAAAUGUACAUACAUAUUCAUGUAUGUAUGUAUGUAUCUAUUUAUGAAAUAUUGUGUAUACCUGUGUGGAAACGGUGGUGUGUUAGUUCCUUGUGAACAUCUGCCGGCUUGUGAAAUGACCUUCCCUAGCAAGCAUAUGCAUAAACGAAGCAGUAAAGCCAUAUUAAAACGGAAAAGACGUGCAACAGUACGAAAAGCGCGCGGCUCUUAAAAUUUAAAAAGCUAGCAACAAAUAAUAUAAAUAAAAUAAUUAAAGAUAAUCGUGUAAAUGUUGCUGCAAUUAUUUGUAAGGCUCUGCAUUAUUGUCGUUUAUUUGCGGCAUGACGCUAACUGUGCGGAUCAUCAUAAUGAUCAAAAAAGUAAUGACGCUUCGAAAAAUUCGGUGCGACAUCAGAACUGGAAGCGAUUGGAAAUGAUGGACGGCAAUGGUUUAUACUUGCUGCAAUGGUGGCUUCAUGAAAAGGAUAUUUACUUUAGAGUGACUGUUAACACGCGUGGUUUCAUUGGCCUUGGAUUCUCGCGAAGGGACGGACGCAUGUCCAGUGCUGACAUGGUAUUGUUAUGGGUCGACGAUCACACAGGAAAAGCAAAUGCAUUGGAUUGCCACGGUUCUAUUCAUCAUCCGCAUGCGGCUCCACUGCAAGAUGACACUCAAAAUUACCACGUUAUUAACGGUCAUCAGAAUGAGACCCAUACAUAUGUCGAGUUCAAGCGUUUAAUUGAAACCUGCGAUCCUUACGACAUGCCAUUUAGCGAUGAUACGAUUAAAGUGCUGUGGUCCUUUGGAAAUAUCGAUCCCAUACAUGGCAAUUUAGAAGGACAUGGACAGAACCGCGGUGCCAAAUCUUUACAUUUGCUGAAUCCCGUGUUUCGCAAACAGAGCGUCACAAACAAACAGGAAACUCAUCAAUGGGAUAUUACUGUCAAUAAUGUCACUAUUGAGUCCACAAUGGAUACUCUCUACUGGUGUAAGAUCAUGAGCAUUCCCAAAUUGACUGAAAAGCAUCAUAUUGUCGGCUACGAGCCUCUGUUAACCCGUGUUUCAAAAUCUCAUGAAAAUAUGGUGCACCACAUGACACUCUUUGAAUGCGCUACGAAAUCUUAUCCCAGUUCGAACUCCGCUUCAUGGGACGUUUGGGUUAGAAGCAGUGGCACCGUUUGCAAUAGCAACUUAUUAACUCCGCGUGACUGGGAUUCCUGUUCGACACCAGUUGCGGUGUGGUCCAUUGGUUCAUCCGGACAAUUCCUGCCUGCACAUGUUGGCAUACCAAUGGGUGGACAGUCGGGAGUCAAGUAUUAUAUGCUCGAAAUACACUACGAUAAUCCAAAUGCUUUACACGCCGUGGAUCAUUCUGGUUUUCGAAUUCACUAUACACCACAAUUACGCCCUAACGAUGGAGGAAUCAUUAUCAGCGGUGUAUCUAUUUCGGAUACCCAAAUUAUUCCACCUGGACAAAAGUUGUACCGCAAUGUUGGCAUAUGUGGACCGUCGUGCUCAAAUGUGUUGUUUCCCGACGAUGGCAUUAAAAUCAUAUCUGGAACGCUCCAUUCGCAUCGCGCUGGUCGCAAAAUGAGUCUGCGCCAUGUGCGAGGAGGAAAGGAACUGGAGCGCAUCAUUGAGGAUGAUAACUAUGAUUAUAGAUAUCAGCAAUUUCAUCAGCUAGCGAACGAGACGGUCGUCUUGCCAGGAGAUUACAUUAUCACAGAUUGUGCUUAUGAAACAGUGCAUCGCAAAAGGGCAACCUUUGGUGGUUACUCCACAAAGCAGGAAAUGUGCUUAUCAUUUAUUACAUAUUAUCCAAAAAUCGAACUGGCUGGUUGCUACAGCAUGACACCAGUGCGAGAAUUUUUUGAGCUAUUUGGCGUGUACCAGUUCUAUUCCUUAAAUAUGACAGAUGUGGAAAACAUAUUUCUGUACAAUGGCAAUCUGCUGGAUUACCUGCCCAACACAAUUUAUGGGAAAACAAAGAAUAACCAAGCAAAUAUGACAGCUGAAGAUAUUGCCAUCGAAGAUUCACUAUUAAACAAGCUGCUCAUUUCUGAUCCUGUCGAGUUCCACGAUCGCACAUUUCUUUCGCAUAUAAAUCAGCUGCCAUGGUCAGAGCCGUUAUUUACGAAACGCGUGGAGCAUGCUAUGAUAACUGGCAAACAUAUGACUUUUUGCCGUGUGUCCAACGAGUCAAUGUCGAUUCCCUCGGAAAUUAUUCGUUAUCCGAACUUUACGACAUUUGUGAAACCGCCCAGUAGAUGUCCAUACAAUCUUUUCAUCGAUACCAUGCAAUUGAGCUCAGCCGGACAAAAAAUUGUAGCUCCUUUGUCAUUUUGCUUGCUUCUAGCUGGAGUUUGUCUUCAGAAACAAUUCCAAAUAUUUUGGUUAUUGCCUAUAUAUUUAAGUUUUAAACAUUAGUGAAGUCUGAAACAGCACAGAUUAAUUUUAGUUUUUAAUCCAAAG